CUUCUAUCUAUAAUUCACCCCAAUUCCCCGAAGUGUGUUUUACUUCUAUCUAUAGUUCACCCCAAUUCCCUGAAGCAUGUUUUACUUCUAUCUAUAGUUCACCCCAAUUUUCCGAAGUGUGUUUUACUUCUAUCUAUAAUUCACCCAAAUUCCCUGAAGCAUGUUUUACUUCUAUCUAUAGUUCACCCCUAUUCCCUGAAGCAUGUUUUACUUCUAUCUAUAAUUCACCCCAAUUCCCUGAAGCGUGCUUUACUUCUACCUAUAAUUCACCCCAAUACCCUGAAGCAUGUUUUACUUCUAUCUAUAGUUCACCCCAAUUCCCCGAAGCAUGUUUUACUUCUAUCUAUAAUUCACCCCAAUUCCCUGAAGUGUGUUUUACUUCUAUCUAUAAUUCACCCCAAUUCCCCAAAGUGUGUUUUACUUCUAUCUAUAAUUCACCCCAAUUCCCUGAAGUGUGUUUUACUUCUAUCUAUAAUUCACCCCAAUUCCCCGAAGUGUGUUUUACUUCUAUCUAUAAUUCACUCCAAUUCCCCGAAGUGUGUUUUACUUCUAUCUAUAAUUCACCCAAAUUCUCUGAAGUGUGUUUUACUUCUAUCUAUAAUUCAC